CUUAUUCGAUAGCCACACCAAAUCAAGAACUCCAACAAGAACAAGAAGGUGAAGCGACGUCGCAUAGAAGGAGCUGCAAAAGCGCAGCCCAGUUUUCCCCCGGUACAGUUGGUGAAUUUGGAGAGGGUUUGAUUUGGAUUUAGCUGAUGGAUAAGCUGUGCUGUUUGAAUGCUUCCUACUCUCGGGUUCGGUCGGCGUCGAACUACGGUAAAGGAAGAAGCCAUGAGGGGGUAAUCAAGUAUGGAUUCUGCCUGGUGAAAGGGAAAGCUAAGCAUCCCAUGGAAGAUUACCAUGUUGCUAAGUUUGUUCAAAUUCAAGAACAUGAAUUGGGGCUGUUUGCUAUCUACGAUGGCCAUGUUCAACAAACUGUGCCUGCUUACUUACAAAAGCAUCUCUUUUCUAAUAUCCUCAAAGAGGAGGACUUUUGGGUCGACACGAACAGCUCCAUCUCGAAAGCCUACGAGAAAACGGACCAGGCGAUUCUGUCUCACAGCUCUGACUUGGGUUGUGGCGGAUCAACUGCUGUUACUGCUAUUCUGAUUAACGGUCAACGACUAUGGGUGGCCAACGUCGGAGAUUCACGCGCAGUUCUUUCGAGAGGCGGUGAAGCUAUACAAAUGACUAUCGAUCACGAGCCGAAUUCCGAACGCAGCAUCAUCGAGAAUAAAGGUGGCUUCGUUUCUAACAUGCCAGGAGACGUACCUCGAGUGAAUGGUCAGCUAGCAGUUUCGCGAGCAUUUGGAGACAAGAGUCUCAAAUCUCACCUACGAUCGGACCCCGACAUACGUGAUAUUAACAUAGACGCCAACACGGAUGUAUUAAUUCUCGCUAGUGACGGUCUUUGGAAGGUGAUGGCGAAUCAAGAAGCGGUCGAUAUCGCACGAAGAAUCAAGGACCCGAUGAAGGCUGCAAAGCAGUUAAUAACAGAGGCUUUGCUGAACGGGAGUAAAGACGACAUAUCGUGCAUUGUCGUUAGAUUUAGAUAGUAAAGACGACAUUCAGUAUAUACCCCAAAUAAGAAGAAAUUUAUCUAUUAGGCCAACAAAGUAAAUAUACGUGUUUCGGGUAUACUGUAUCUGUAAAUUAGAUUAGGCUGAUUAUGUUUAAUUUCAAAUUUUAUUAUAUUAAUGAGCCCAAGCCCAAAGCCCAAGCCCAAAUCCCAAAGCCCAAGCCCAAAUCCCAAAGCCCAAAGCCCAAAGCCCAAAGCCCAAAGCCCAAGCCCACAUAUUAUUGUCGUAUUGCGAAAAUUACCAAAUUACCCCCGCAGAAACGGUCGUCUAGGGUUUCAGGCGCUAUAUAUAUAUAUAUAUUCAUCGUAAGCUUUGAUCCGAAGGCAUACGAUUCCAAUUUUACAGCUUCUUGGGUUUUGGGGUUUCAAGCAUUAGGGUUUGGGUUUAGGGUUUGGGUUUAGGGUUUGAUUCCAUUGUUGAUUAAAUUGGCCUCUCCUUUCAGCUUCAAGUGGUGAGAUCUUUUGAUCGUAUUCUUGGUGGCUUUGUUCUGGAGGCGUACAUUGAUUCUCUGAGGUUUGGGGGGUUUUCUUUUGUCCAGAUUUUGUGCUAUCACAUCUCUGGCUCCCCUUGCUUCGGUACAUUGCCCUUGUAAUCGUCCAUUUUUAUUCCAAUUUUGUGUAUGAAUCCUCUGGAUUUGGGAAUUCGUUUUCCAUUUUAUUUUUUGAUGGUCUAUUUGAUUGUUCGUGUCAUA